GCGCCGGAGAUCGGGGAUGCUCUAGAGCAGCAGCUCGUUUUUUGCUAAAUAGCGUCGAGUUGAUUAUAUAUUCCCAAAAUAAUAUAAUGCCGAAAGUAAAAAGGAGUAGAAAACCUCCUCCAGAUGGGUGGGAGCUCAUAGAACCGACUCUCGAUGAGCUGGACCAGAAAAUGCGCGAAGCUGAAACCGAGCCACAUGAGGGCAAACGUAAAGUUGAGUCUCUGUGGCCAAUCUUCCGACUUCACCACCAACGCAGCCGUUACAUCUUCGACCUCUUCUACAAGAGGAAGGCCAUCAGUCGAGAGCUCUAUGAGUACUGCAUCAGAGAGGGCUAUGCAGACAAGAAUCUGAUCGCUAAAUGGAAGAAACAGGGCUAUGAAAAUCUGUGCUGUCUGCGUUGCAUUCAGACGCGGGACACUAACUUUGGAACAAACUGCAUAUGUAGGGUUCCCAAGGGCAAGCUUGAAGUGGGUCGUAUCAUUGAGUGCACUCACUGUGGAUGCAGAGGAUGUUCUGGAUGAGUCUGCAGGAAAACAGCUUUCUGACUUUACUGAACUUUUGAUUUGUAUUUUUAAUACAUUUAUUGGUUUGUCAUUUAUGACGUUGGAUCUCUUGUAAUCGUAUGAUUAUUGUUUGUGUAUGCAUUGAUUUCUUUUUGGUAUUUUUAUUAAAUUGUGCUGGAUCUUA